AUGGCACGUAUAAGAACAUAUCUGUUGGUCAGCAAUCCAAUAUUUAUUGUUUUGGAAGAAACCUCAAUAGUCAUUGCAUGGAUCUCUUUCCCAUCACUUCCUCCAAACUUUUUUGGUAAAGAAGCAAUUUUCUCGUUAGCUGCAGCAGUGGGAAAACCUUUACAAGUGGACCUGGCAAUAAAGAAUAAAACAAGACCAAGUUAUGCUAGAGUUAAAGUGGAGGUUGAUUUACUGGGAGAAUUUCCAAGGAGAAUUAAUACUGGAAUGAGAAAAAAGUCAGGAGAGAUCAAGGAGAAGUGGAUUACCAUCAAAUAUGAUCACGAAGAGGAAGAGGAGGAGAAAGACAAGAACAAUCCAAAGGAAGAUAUCAAUACAAGAAGGGUGAUGAACAAUCAAAGGGAAGGGGGUGAUAGUGCCAACAAAGGAAAGGGGCAGAAUCAAGAGGGUGAAUUCCAGGAACAAAAGAAGAAAAGUUAUCCAAAAAGAAGUAGACAACACCAAAAAGAAAGAAUAGAGCAGGUUUGGAACCCAAGACAUGUACAACAUAAUGACAGAUUGGUAAAAGUAGAUAACAAAUUUGGUGCACUAGAUGACAACCAGGAAGAUGGUGUAGGAGAAGGAGAUAUAAUGAAUAAUAAGCAGAAGUUAGGGGGAGAUAUUGGUGGAGAUAAGGCAACCAAUGAAGAACAAUCUUUUAAUGUCAAGCAGAAAGAAGAUAAUUAUAAUAAUGAGCAUAGCAGGUCUGUUAAGACUCAAAAUUCAUUUGAGAGAUUAAUAGAGCUGAACAUGAGACAUCAUUACACUUACAUAACACUACUAGAACCUUUUCAAAGCCCCAAUGAACUGGAGAAUUACAAGAGAAAAUUGGGUAUGCAUAAUGCUAAGGUGAAUCUAUCAGCAAAGAUAUGGAGUUUUUGGAAUGAAAAUUGGGAAGAAAAAGACUAUAAGGAUACUGUACAACAACUAAUAAUUGGUUACAAACUGAGGGGCACAAGGGAAAGAUUCAAAGUGACUGCUAUAUAUGCUAGAUGUAGUGCCAUAGAAAGACUAGAAUUUUGGGAGGACCUGGAGGAUAUUGCAUGCAACAAUAACAAUCCCUGGAUUGUUGGAGAAGAUUUCAACUCCAUUUUGGAUGAAUCUGAGAAAUUGGAGGGCUUCCCAGUGACACAGAACGAAAUCACAGACUUUGCACAUUGUAUUAGUACAUGUGCAUUGACCGAAGUAAAGUUCAUAGGCAGCAGCUAUACUUGGUGGAAUGGUAGAAUACAUAAGGAUGAUAUUUUCAAAAGGCUAGAUAAAGUCUUUGGUAACAAUGAUUUCAUGAAGCUACUACCAGAUAGUGAAGUGCAACAUCUAAUUAGACAAGGAUCAGAUCAUGCACAUUUACAUUUGACUUGUUUCACUAGUCAAGAAAUAAGAAUCAAACCUUUUAGAUUCUUAAACCUCUGGACUAAACAUCAAAAGUUUAUGGACCAUGUGGAGCCGCGUUGGGGGGAAGAAGUCAUAGGCUCACCUUUUACCAUAGUGCAAACUAAGAUGAAAAUAUUGAAGUCAGAUCUAGCUAAAUGGAGUAAAGAAACUUUUGGAAACAUUUUUCAAAAGAUUGUCACACUAGAAGAUGUGAUCAAAAUGAAGAAAAUCCAACUAGAAGUAUCCCCAUCAGAGGCAAAUAGGUCCAAUCUGAAUAAAGCCAAUGCAGAGUUGAAAAGAUAUUUGAAGAUUGAGGAGGAGUACUGGAAACAAAAAGCUGGGAUGAGAUGGUUUAAAAAUGGGGAGAGGGACACCAAAUUCUUCCAUUCAUAUGUCAAAGGGAGAAAGUUGUGGCUAUCUUUCAAGAACAGUUCAAAGAAAAUCAGGAGAUAG